AUGCAGACUUCUGUUCUUGUAGCCGCCGUCGUGGUCGCCGCCUCGGCCGCCUCGGCCCGCAAUAUUCCCGAGCCGGCCGCGCAGCAGCUCAAAUCCAUUAACAUUGACAAUGGCAUUGAUACCAGCAGCACCAUCACCACCACGGCCACGGCCACGGCCACUGCCACUGCCACUGCCACUGCUACUGCUACUGCUACUGCUACUGCCACUGACACUGCCACUGCCACCACCACCGUCACCAAGACCAAGACCAAGACCAAGGGCAAGAACAAGACCAAGCACAAGACCAAGACCAAGGGCAAGAUCCAGACCCAGACUUCUGCCACUGAGUCGUUGACCACGCUUUCCGACUGGGUUUGGAAGCAUAAGCCCACCAGCAGCAGCAGCAGCAGCGACAGCCCCACCACCACCGUCACUGUCACCGCCACCACCACCGAAACCAUGACUCUGGCCAAGAUGGAGCCAGAGCUGGAAAAGGUGUCUCUGGCGUCCCGGACCAAGAUUGUGAAGACGCCCGUCACCUUGCAGACAUCGAUCUCCGCGCCGGCCACCACCACCACCAAGCCAAAGCCAAAGGGCACGAGCUGGCAGGACUUUGCUUGA